GCACCACACUGAGCUGCUUUCUGCACAGACACACAACUUAACAAGUGCACAAGUCACAGCUUGGUCCAACAUGGCAAAGAAGGUUUUGAUUGUGUAUGCCCAUCAGAGCGGAGCCUCGUUCAAUGCUGCAGCCAAAAAUGUGGUAGUGGAGGUUUUGUCAACCAAGGACUGCACCGUUGAGGUUUCUGACCUGUAUGCUAUGAAGUUUCAAGCCUCUGCUACUGCGGAGGACAUCACAGGUGACGUUAAGGAUACUGAGAACUUUCGUUAUGCAGAAGAGACCAAGCUGGCAUGGGAGGAAGGAAAGCUGUCUGCAGACAUUACUGAGGAACAACGUAAAGUCACUGAGGCAGAUCUGAUCAUCUUUCAGUUCCCCAUGUACUGGUCCACUGUUCCUGCAAUCAUGAAGGGCUGGUUUGACCGGGUGCUCACACUGGGCUUUGCCUACUCCCAAGAUAAGAUGUAUAGCAAUGGAAUGUUCAAGGGCAAGAAAGUCAUGCUGUCCUUCACCACUGGCUGUCAUGAGUCCAUGUUUACUGAAAAUGGCAUCAGCGGAGACAUCAAUGUCACACUUUGGCCACUACAGAAUGGGAUCCUCUACUACUGUGGCUUCCAGGUUCUGGCCCCCCAAAUCUUCUGGGCUCCCUCUCUGAUUUCUUCUGAGGAGCGUAAGGCCAUGCUGGAGGCCUGGCGCACACGACUGCAGGGACUCCUGGAGGAAGAGCCGCUGGGCUUCACUCCUCUGGACUGCUUUGACGAGAAGGGCUUCCAGUUGAAGCCCGAGGUCCGUGAGAAGCAUGCAGCCAAGAAGGUUGGACUUGCAGUGGGAAUCCACCUGGGGAUGCCCCUCCCACCAAACAGCCAGGUGAAAGCUGGGGUCUGAGGAUGAUGAUGCCAUCCUGUCAGUUUCAUGCAUUAAAAGCUUUAAAA